UUGCGUACCCACCAAUGAAUGCUCAGUAUAUCAUUGCGACAGCAGUGCACAAAGGUGUGAAAUGACCCCUGAUGGGUUUAGCAACUGCAUCUGCCAAAAGGGAGAAAUUGAAGUUGGACGUUCCUGUUACAAAACUAUCCUGAGUGAAAUCUUUAAGCAAAAUAGAAGAAGCAGCUUUUUCAAUAAAUUGAAUGAUUCAUCGACAUUGUUCGCUAUGGGUUGUUCAUUAACCCUGGAGAACUACGGGCCUUUCACAGUUCUUGUGCCUACUGGAGAAAUCAAUCCUCGAUUUAACUUCAGUGUUUCAUAUGCACAGGAAUUCUGCAGGAAGCAUAUAAUAGCUGGGCAGCACUUGUUAAAAGAUAUGUAUAAGGGUUUUUGGACAUUAUCUGGACAUAAAGUGGAAGUUCAUGGACAGGAGUCCCCAAUGAGGUACAGUUACUCAGAUUCUCCAAAAGACUUAUAUUAUAUCAGGGAGGCCAAUCUGCCAGCGGCUAAUGGUAUUAUACAUGUUGUUGACCGUAUAAGGAAAAUGGACACCAUGGAUAACUCUGAUAAUGCUCAGAAAACAAUUGCAGAAAUUCUUGCUUCCAUGGAGAUUGCCAGCCGGUUUGAAACUAUAUUAGAAAAUUGUGAUCUUCCAUCAAUUUUGGAUGGUCCUGGACCUUUCACUGUGUUUGUCCCAAGUAAUGAAGCAGUGGAUGAAUUAAGAGAUGGAAGGCUAAUUUAUCUCUUCACAGAGGGUAUAAAUAAGCUUCAGGAACUUGUGAAACAUCAUAUCUAUUCCAGAGCAGCGGUCUAUGUAGAAAGACUAAUAAUGGUGCCAUAUAUUUUGACCAUGGCAAAUCAGCUGCUGGCAGUUGAGAUCAGUAACGAUGGAAGGAUCCUGUUGGGUAAUUCCAAGGUUCCGAUAAACAAACGGGAUAUAUUGGCCUCAAAUGGUAUUAUUCAUACUUUGGAUGGUAUCUUGAUUCCUUCAUCAAUACUCCCGAUUCUGCCGAAGAAGUGUAUUGAAGAAAAUUAUAAAGUUGUGAAGGGUUCUUGUGUGGAUUGUGAGCUCUUUAAUACCAGUGCUUGUCCUCCUGGGAGCCAAAUUAUGGAAGACAAGGCUAUUUCAAACGAGUGUGUUUAUACCCAUGAUCCACUUGGUUUGAAUGUUCUGAAGAAGGGCUGCCGGAGAUACUGCACUCUCAAGGAAGUGAAACCUGGAUGCUGCAAAGGGUUUUUCGGUCUUUCCUGUACCCCAUGUCCUGGUGGAUAUAGCAAUCCAUGCUACAACAGAGGAAGUUGUAAUGAUGGCAUACAUGGAAAUGGCCAAUGCAACUGCUACGACGGCUUCAAAGGAAUUGCCUGCCACAUCUGCUCAAACCCAAACAAGCACGGGGAGAACUGCACUGAAGAUUGCAGCUGCAUCCAUGGAAUUUGUGACAACAGACCAGGAAGCAAGGGUGUGUGCCAGACAGGGACGUGUAAGGAUGGCUACACCGGGGAAUUCUGUGACGUACACUCUCAUAGUUGUGAAUCUACUGGUGCCAUUCUGAAUUGCCAUGUCCAUGCAACCUGUACUGUGAACGACACUGUGAACUGCGUCUGUCUUGAUGGGUAUGAAGGGGAUGGAUUUUCCUGCAAGCCCAUUGAUGCCUGUAGUAAGCCAGGAAGGGGAGGAUGUUCAGAUAAUGCUACAUGUACCAGUACGGGUCCUGGCAGAGUCAGCUGUCAGUGCAUCCGGGGUUGGACUGGGGAUGGAAAAGCUUGUGUUGCCAUAGACAAUUGUGUAACAGAAACCAGAGGAGGCUGCCACAUCAAUGCUGAUUGUAAUUACAUUGGCCCUGGACAGAGCAGCUGCAUGUGCAAGAAAGGCUAUGAAGGUGAUGGUUAUGUCUGUGAUAAAGUUGACCCUUGUAUGAUAGACAAUGGGGGCUGCCAUGAACUGGCUGUAUGCCAGAUUCUCAAUACCGGGGAAAAAAAUUGCAGUUGCUCUGAUGGAUAUAUAGGAGAUGGAAUUGAAUGUUACGGUGAUGUGAUGAAGGAGCUGGUAAGGUAUUACCACUUUUCAACUUUUUAUCAGUGGAUUAAGAAAUCCCACUUCAGUAUGCCCAGAGGAGCCAAUGUCACUGUUCUGGUGCCACAAAAAGAAGCUGUCCAAAAUUUGAGCAAGGAUGAAAAAGAGUUCUGGCUGGAGUCCAACAUGCUACCAUCUCUUGUCAGGUCUCAUAUCCUCCAGGGUUCCUUCACAACUCAGCAACUCAAGAAAUAUAUUGGCCAAGAACUCCCCACUCUCAAUCCAGAGGCCAAGUGGGAAAUAAAGAAGAAUAACGGGGAAAUAACUAUUCACAAUGCCAGCAUUGUGGUGGGUGAUAUUCCUGCUAUUAAUAGCACUAUUUAUAUCAUCAGCAAGGUUCUGUUACCAACAUCUGUCAAGAUCCCACCUGGUCUGCAGGAGCAACUAAACACUGUGCCCUCCUUCUGGAGGUUUAAAGAGCUAUUGGAGAGAUAUCAGUUGGUGAGAGAAAUUGAGUCAUCAGAAAAAUAUACUAUUUUUGUCCCAGGGAAUAAUUCAAUUGAGAAAUAUUGCCAAGCAUCAAAUAUUACACAACUGGAUAAUGACACCAUGCAGUAUCAUGUUGUAAAGGGUGACAAGCUGUUUUUGAAAGACCUGAAGAACGGAGUGCACAGAAGCACAAUGUUAGGAUUCUCUAAUUGGCUCAUGUUUUCUAAUAGACUCAAUAAGACAUAUGUAAACAGAGUCCUUUUGGAUGGUCCAUUUGUUGAAACCAGAAAUGGAAUGUUGAUUGGGGUUUCUCAAGUUCUACAGAUUCACAAAAACCGUUGCACUACCAAUACCACCACUGUACAAAAGUCAAGGUGUGCUAAAUGCCAGAAAAGGAUCAAAUGUCCAGCAGGAUCAGUGCUUGCACAAAAUCCAGGCAAAGGGAACCUUCCUCACUGUAUAUUUAAAUCUGGAGGCAUGAAAUUAGUUGGCUGCUACUUUACCUGCGUCAAAGUUUCCCUAGUCUCUGUCUGCUGUCCAGGCUACUAUGGUGUGAUGUGUGAGAUGUGUCCUGGGAAACCAGGCAAUUGGUGCUCUGGCAAUGGGGUGUGUCAAGAUGGCAUUGAAGGCAAUGGAGAUUGCCAGUGCCAAGAAGGUUUCCAUGGCACAGCCUGUGAAAUGUGUCAGGCAGGAAGAUAUGGACCCAAGUGUCAAUCAGAGUGCAAUUGCAAUAAAGGGCAGUGCAAUGAUGGGUUGUUAGGUGAUGGAAGCUGCACAUGCAACUCGGGAUUUAAAGGAGUUAAUUGUGACAAAGAGAUUGAAACUGAUUUCUGCAAUGGUACAUGUGAUGUGAAUGCAAAUUGCAUGAAUGACUCUACUACUUCUCAACCCACCUGCUCCUGUUCUGCUGGCUAUUCUGGAAAUGGAACCUCUUGUACAGAAAUAGACCCCUGUGCUGAGGAUAAUGGCAGCUGUUCCAUGUAUGCCAACUGUACCAAAAUUGCACCAGGCAAAAACAUCUGCACUUGCAAAGAAGGUUAUUCAGGAGAUGGAACUUUAUGCAGAGAGCUGGAUCGGUGCUUAGAAAACAAUGGAGGAUGCCACCCAAAUGCAACGUGUGUUAAAACAGGGCCAGGUUUGGUUGCCUGUGUCUGUCUUCCCCCAUUCGCUGGUGAUGGGAUUAAGAAAUGUGAAUAUACUGAUCCUUGCUUGGAGAAUAAUGGUGGUUGCAGUCCAUUAGCAGUGUGCCUUAGAAAAGAACAUGGGAAUCGAGCAUGCCUUUGUAUAUUGGGGACUGGUGAUGGCUUCACAUGCCAUAGAAAUUUAUGGCAGGAACUUAUUAUUAGAAGAAAAGAUGCCUAUGAAUUUCUUCAUUAUAGCCAGGUUCAUAGAGUUUUUACGGAAAUAAUUGGGAAAGGACCAUACACCAUUUUUGUCCCACAUGCUGAUUAUCUACAGAAAAGCACCACAUUUUCAGAAUGGGAAAAAGCUGGCUGCAUCAAAGAUCUGCUUCGCUAUCACGCAGUCAUCUGUCAGAAGCUCCUAUCGGAUGACUUGGAAUCACAGGAUUCUCUAACUGCUUUAUCUGGUCACAAAAUCAGAGUUUCCAUGAAGGAGAACAGUCUGUAUUUAAAUGAUGAAGUAAAGAUAAUUGAAAGUGACAUUGCUCGAGAGAAUGGAGUCAUACAUUUUAUUGAUGGGAUCUUAGCCCCAUAUGACCUGCAGCAUCACAACAUGUCAUGCAACCUAUCCCAGAAAACUAUUAUAGAGGUCUCAGAGGCUUAUGGAUACAAAACAUACAUCAGGCUUCUAAAGGAAGAAGGACUUCUUAAUCUGGUCAAUAAUACCUUACAUCAGCCAUUUACCAUGCUGUGGCCAACUGAUGGAGCCUUUAAUUCUCUCCCUGCUGAAAUGCAAAAAUGGUUAUAUCAUAAAGACCACAGGAGCAAAUUGUCUGCUUAUCUCAGAGGGCACAUGGUCCGGGACACAAAGGUCUUGGCUUCCCAACUGAUAGAAUUCUCAUCUUUGAGGACUUUGCAAGGUUCAACGAUUUCAUUUAGCUGCAGCAAAACAAAUGCUGGUGAUAUUGUUGUAGACAAUGGCAAUGCAAGGAUUGUCCAGCGGUAUAUGGAAUUCAAUGUGGGCAUUGCUUAUGGAAUUGAUCACCUUCUUGAGCUUCCUAAUUUGGGAUCCCAUUGUGAUCAGUUUCAAAUGGUUGAGAUUCCGGAUGCUACAUGUGGUACUUGUGGCUAUGAGAAAUCCUGUCCUUUUGGAUCAAUGGAAACGGGGGAAAUCCAGACUUGCUAUUAUGAAUAUGACCCUUUUGAGUUUUCAAGGAGACACCAUUGGCAGCAAUACCCGAGAGUGCCAUUCGCUCAAAACCGACGGAGAAAACCUUCCAGAAAGGGAUGCAAGAAAACAUGCCUUACCACCAAGUGGGUACCCCAAUGUUGUGCAAACCACUAUGGAAAGAACUGCCAGGUGUGUCCCGGAGGGCUCGAAGCACCAUGCCAAAACCGUGGUACAUGUGAUGAUGGAUAUAAAGGCUCAGGACAGUGCAAUUGUAGUGCAGCUUUUGUUGGAGUGGCUUGUGAACUCUGUGCUCCAGGGUAUUAUGGGGCAGACUGCAAAGAGUGCAGUUGUUCAGGAAAUGGGAUAUGCAACGAAGGGCUGCUUGGAGAUGGCUUCUGCUUCUGCUCUGUGGGAUGGACAGGAGAGCACUGCGAAACCAAACUAGCUGCAGUGCCUCAGUGCUCCCCAGCCUGCCAUCCAAAUGCUGUCUGCCGGGCUAAUAAUAUCUGUGAAUGUAACCUCUAUUACGAGGGAGAUGGAAAGAGAUGCACAGUGAUUGACCAGUGUGGAAACAACAACGGUGGCUGCAGCAACCAUGCUAAGUGCACACAGAAUGGAACGGAUGUCUUCUGCACCUGCUUAGUGGACUAUCAAGGUGAUGGCUACAUCUGCAAUCCUAUUGACAGAUGUGCAGAUGGAAGGAAUGGACACUGUAGCGAGCAUGCAAUUUGUAUUACCACAGGUCCAAAUACCCGGAGGUGCGAAUGCAAGGCGGGUUACGUUGGAAAUGGAAUGCAGUGCUUCAAGGAAGUUAUUCCCCCCACAGACCGUUGCUUGGAAGAGAACGGGCAAUGCCACGUGGAGGCUAUUUGUACUGACCUGCAUUUCGAGGACAAAACAGUUGGUGUGUUCCACCUGCAGUCUCCUUCAGGGAAGUACAAUUUUACCUAUGAAGAGGCCGAAGCUUCGUGUGCAGCUGAGGGAGCUACCCUGGCCACCCUUCAGCAGCUGUCUGCUGCACAGCAGAUGGGGUUCCACCUCUGUAUAGUAGGUUGGCUUUUUAACCAUACAGCCGGUUACCCAACGGUAUACCCAAGUCAGAACUGUGGUACUCAUCAUGUGGGCAUUGUAAACUAUGGCUAUCGUAACAAUGUCAGUGAAAAGUGGGAUGCCUACUGCUAUCAAAUUCAAGAUGUACAGUGUAAUUGUAAGGAUAGGUACAUUGGAGAUGGCUAUUCUUGCACAGGCAGCCUUUUGGAUGUGCUGGCUCAACAGGCAAACUUUUCAGUCUUCUAUUCAAUAAUUCUGCAUUUUGCUAAUGCCACUCAGGAAGGAGUAGAUUUUUUAAAUUUCCUCUCUGAGGACAUCGCUUAUAAAACUCUUUUUGUACCCUUGAACUCUGGCUUUGGAGAUAAUACAUCUUUAUCACUCAAGGAUGUGAAACUUCAUGCAUCACUGCGUGACGUUAUCCUCUCAAGCUUCAAUCUCACAGCUGGUACAAUAAUACCUUCCCAAGCAGGAUACAAUCUUUCCAUUACAGAGUCAUUGAGUCAUACUUUUCUCAUUGUUUCUGAACCGAUUAACAAUACAGUGAUUGUUGAAUGGGAUAUUCUGGCUUCCAAUGGGAUUAUUCAUGCUAUUCAGAGUCCAUUGAAGGUUCCUCCGCAGUAUAACCAGGUUUCGAGUACUGUAAAACCAUCUGCUGCUAUGACAAUUGGUAUAAGCACCGGUUUUGCUAUAGUUCUGCUCUGUGCAACUAUUGCUGGAUUGUCCUAUUUCUGCCUCAAAAGGAGAAACCAACUGAUCAGCUCUCGCUAUUUUAGGGCUGAACUAGAUGAUGAUGAACCUUUUUGGCAGGAAAGGAGCCCACAUUUAGUAUCCAUUCCAAAUCCUAUUUAUGGAGCAGAUAGCUCAAUCUAUGAGCCAUUUGAGGAGUCUCUCCACAGAGAAGAUUUUGUCGAUACUGAAGACAUUCUUGGACAAUAAUAUUUUUUUAUAAUACAAACCAGGAUACAAAAAUUCCAGGAAUUUUGAAAAGCUAUACCUCAAUUCUAUUCCUUUUAAAGUUUAUGGGAAAGAAUUAUGAUCGAAAGAGCUAUUGGCAUUUACAGUCAUAAACAAUUUCCAAUUUUUUGUUUAGAAUUCAUUCCCUCAUGUUGUAUUGCCUCUUUUUAGAGAUCUUCAGGAAUAAAUUCUGAGUAUAACUGUAAUAUGAAUGGAAAAAACUUGAAGAUGUAUGUAGCAUGCACAGAAUCCUUUGGAUCCUGUCCAUGAAACUUCAAUCAUCUACUUAGGAAUGAGUCAUGAAUGUGUCUGGCAAAUGGAUACUGUGAGAACCCUAAAUGGGCCAAUGAAACUUCAGUUCAGAUUUAAUGAAUUGAUAAAUUUACUUUGCAACUGCACUACUGAGCUUACCGGUAAACUGUACACCAGCACAUAUUUGUAAGCAUUCUGAAUUUUAAUGCACUGUAAAGCAAUUCUUAACAUUUUUUACUACUAGGUAAGCAUGAUUACAUCAACAUGCUAUCAGUAAAGAUGCCAAUUAUCUCUCUCUGCCUUAUAAUUAGUAUUGUUUCUUUCUCUCUUUCAAUGAAGAAAAACCAAAAUAUAUUAAUUGUAGGACUAUUCCAUAAUGAAACAAUGCAUUAUUUUUGUAAAAAAUAAAUGGUGUUAUGCCUAAGAACCAAACCCAUCAAAAUCUCACCUUUCAACACAAAUAUUGUCAUUCCAAUAUCAUGUAUUUGAACAUUCCAUUUAGACCAAGAAUUGGAAAUUAUUCUUACACACACAAUUCUGGAAAAGAUAAACACAAUAGUUUAUUUUGUGGACAGACUCAGAAAUCAGAAUUAACCCAAUUGUACCCAAUUUUGAAAAAAUAUCAAAU